CAAGAUACCGGCUCAUUUACCUACCUGCUCGGGAUUUUGCCGGCGUGACCCUUUCUUAGCAAGCUCAGAUAAGGGUUACAAUUGAUGUUAAGGGAAGAAACUACUAUAAACUCAUCUGUCCCAGGUCCCCGGAACCGUCAUGCAGGACUCAUCCUUGGCCUCUGCAACCAGGGACACAGGUCGUCUUGAAAGCAGUGGUGUCCCUUGACAGCAACCAUGAAGCUCUCGCGCAAUUUAGCAUGGACUCUGCUACUGGCAUCGCCGAGUGCUGCCACCGACAGCCUCCUGACGCCAGACAAGCUCGAGGCCGAUAUCAGGACUGAAGAACUUCAGAACGUCCUAUGGAACCUAAACAAAAUCGCCCGGGACAAUGGCGGCAACCGCGCCUUCGGCGAGCCGGGCUACAAGGCCUCGCUCGACUUUGUGCUCGAGCGGGCCCAGAAGCGCUUCGCCCGGGAGAUGGACACGUAUGUGCAGCCAUUCAACCACACGUACGAAAAGACACGCAAGAUUGCAGUGACGGGGCCCGAGGGCGAGGACGUCUUUGUCAUCAGCCCCCAGUACAACUCGGCCACCCCGCUCCCCGGCGGCAUCACGGCCGGCCUGAUCGACACCCCGGUCAACGACGAGACGGGCUCCAUGUGCCUGGAGGAGCAGUGGGAAGGAAUCGAUGCGACGGGAAAGCUCGCGCUGGUCAAGCGCGGCGUGUGCGCCGUGUCGGACAAGCUCAAGUUUGCGAAGGCGCAUGGGGCUUUGGGGGUGAUUCUGUACAAUCAAGCACCAGGAACGGACUAUGCCAUGCCUACUUUGGGUGCUGAGAACAUCGGGCUAGUCGUCCCGGUGGGCAUUAUCCCCCUUGAGGUGGGGGAAAGCUGGAGAAGUCGCCUUGCCGCAGGCGAAGAUGUGGUCGUGAAUUUGCUGGUCGACUCCAUCGCCGAGACGCGAGAAACCUGGAACAUCAUUUCCGAGACAAAACAAGGCGACCCUAACAAGGUCAUCAUGCUCGGCGCUCAUCUCGACAGUGUUCAACAGGGACCGGGCGUCAAUGACGACGGCAGCGGCACCGCCGCACUGCUGGAGAUAAUGGGAUCGGUAAAGCAGUAUGACGGAUUUCCUCACAAGAUUCGUUUCGCUUGGUGGGGUGCAGAAGAAAGCGGCUUGGUCGGUUCGCUGUACUACACCCAACACCUGUCGGAGAGCGAAGCAGACAAGAUCAAGUACUAUUUCAACUACGACAUGAUCGGCUCUCCCGACCCCAUCUACGCUAUUUCGGUUGACGAAAACAGCGGCAUCGGCCCGCAACUUUUGGGGGAUUAUCUGACCUCUAAGGGUGUAGAAAUUGAAUUCGGAGAAUUCGGCGGCAACUCAGACCACGUUGGGUUCCUCGAGCUGGGCAUCCCGGCGACGGGCCUGUUUACUGGCGCCGGAAAGCCCUGGGACGCGUGCUAUCACCUGGCAUGCGACGACCUUGACAACAUCCACUGGGAGGCACUUACCGUGAACACGAAGGCGGCGGCGCGUACUCUGGGCACGCUGGCUCACUCACUUGAAGGCGUGCCGCCCCGCGCGACUGCAAGCCCCAACCGCCGAACCCGCAGCAGGAUGGCCCAGAACUUUAGGAGAUGGGCCGCAUUGGCUGAGGGCGCGAGCCAUGGAAAGAUGUGCUCGCACAAGGAGGGCAAGCAAGUGGACUAGUUGGGUUCAGGUUGUAGCGAGGAGUUGGCUAGGCCGGCGAGCAAUGAGCAUCAAGCCUCAAUGGCAACAGUACUUUAUAUGUAGCAAUAGCCGCAUAUUGAACUUGGAAGUAACAAUACCAAUGCAAAGCAUCUGUAUUCAAUGUCAAGAAUCGAGACUUUAU